GUGGAAUUUAUUUAUUUAUUGUUUUAAUUUUGCAACAGAUGUUAGUGAGACGCCGUCGGGUACGAACGUGCUGCUGCUGCUGUUGUGCUUUGAAUGCCAAUUGAACGUAAUUCAACGGUAAUUCGGUAAUUGUGUGUGAAAAUCGUAAUAAAAAGCAGCCAUGAAGGUUUGUUGCAUUGGCGCUGGUUAUGUGGGAGGCCCGACGUGUGCCGUUAUGGCCCUGAAGUGUCCUGACAUUACAAUAACACUCGUCGAUAAAAGCGCCGAACGAAUCGCGCAGUGGAAUUCCGAGAAAUUACCCAUAUAUGAGCCCGGCUUGGAUGAGGUGGUCAAGAAGUGUCGCAAUGUGAAUCUGUUCUUCUCCACGGAUAUAAAUACUGCAAUUAAAGAAGCCGAUCUCAUAUUUAUAUCGGUGAAUACUCCAACUAAAACAUGUGGCAGCGGCAAGGGUCGCGCCGCGGAUCUAAAGUAUGUGGAGAGUGCAGCGCGUAUGAUUGCUGAGAUUGCGCAGUCCAACAAGAUUGUUGUGGAGAAGAGCACAGUACCAGUUCGUGCGGCUGAGAGCAUUAUGCACAUACUGCGAGCAAAUCAGAAGCCUGGCAUACACUAUGACAUUCUAUCCAAUCCCGAGUUUUUGGCUGAGGGCACGGCUAUUAAUGAUUUGCUGAACGCGGAUCGUGUGUUGAUUGGCGGGGAGGAAACACCCGAGGGCCAUCAAGCGGUGGAGAAGUUGUCCUGGAUCUACGAGCAUUGGAUACCAAAGAAAAAUAUACUCACCACUAAUACAUGGAGCAGUGAGCUGUCCAAGCUGGCGGCCAAUGCAUUCCUGGCACAGCGCAUUUCCAGCAUUAACUCAUUGUCAGCUGUCUGCGAGGCUACAGGCGCCGAUGUCUCUGAGGUGGCGCGUGCUGUUGGCUUGGAUUCGCGUAUUGGAUCCAAGUUUUUGCAGGCUUCGGUGGGCUUUGGCGGCAGCUGUUUCCAAAAGGACAUACUCAACUUAAUUUAUAUAUGCGAGAAUUUAAAUCUACCCGAGGUAGCGGCUUAUUGGCAGCAGGUUAUCGAUAUGAAUGAUUAUCAGAAGCGUCGCUUCUCGCAAAAGAUUAUCGAGAGCCUGUUCAAUACGGUGUCGGACAAGCGCAUUGCUAUACUCGGCUUUGCCUUUAAGAAAAACACUGGCGAUACGCGAGAGACAGCGGCCAUUACCGUGUGCCAGACGUUGCUGGAGGAGGGCGCCAAGCUGGACAUAUAUGACCCGAAAGUGGAACCGGAACAAAUCAUUGAUGAUUUAACGCAUCCCAGUGUAACGGAAUCUCCCGAGAAUGUAAAGAAGGCAGUUCAGAUUCACAGCGAUCCUUACAGCGCUGUGCGCGCCACACAUGCUCUGGUCCUUUGCACAGAGUGGGAUGAGUUUGUGGAUCUGGACUAUAAGCGCAUUUAUCAGUCAAUGAUGAAGCCAGCGUACAUCUUUGAUGGGCGUAAAAUACUCGAUCACGAACGCUUGCAGCAAAUCGGUUUUCAUGUGCAGACCAUUGGCAAGAAGUAUCAGCGUGCUGGCCUUUUACGCUCGUGGGGCAUUGUGCCGCAGCUCUGAAACGGCAGCAGCACUGGCAAUAAGACUUAAAAUUGUCUACAUUCUUCAGUAUUUACGACAUUACAUUGUAAAUAUGCGUAUAUGUUUCCUUUUUAUAUAUAUACAUAUAUAUAGUUUCAAGUAUUUUUGCCAGAUACAUAUAAGUAUUCCUAUAGCUACUAUUCCUGCUACCAAAUGUCGCUCCAGUUGCAAUAUAAAACGUAGUUAACUAUUUACAGAGCUUUCUGUAAUAAUCGAACAUCAAACAAGUCUUUACACGAUCAUGUAAAUUUUAUAAAAUAAACAACGAUUAAUCACAAAA